UUAGCAGAAAUAACCAUAGAUAAGUAAUAACGAGCACCGAGCAGUAAAUAACCAAACAAGUGAAUAAAUUUGCAGAGGCUACUUUAGCAAAAUGUCGAUUUUAUCUACAUUAAAUAACGCAAUUUUUAAAAGAACAUCGACUUUUGCUUUAGUUGUAGUAGGCUCGGUUUUUUUCUUUGAACGUGCGUUUGAUGUUGUAGCCGAUUCGAUUUUUGAUAAAAUCAAUGAAGGGAAACUUUGGAAACACAUUAAACACAACUAUGAAAAGUAAAUAGUAUAUGAAUGAUGUAAUGAAUGUAGAUAUAAUUUUAUGUACUUUUAUUUGUACAAAUAAACACUAAGUCAUAAAGACAUGUAUAA